AUGAUGAGUCGCCGUCGAGCAACUCACGCUGUGACGUCGACCGACCGAGCUUGGCUAGCGCUGGGUUCCGGCGUGCGCCGUGAGAGGCUAACACUCCACGUGGCUGGGGAGAGACCGAGUGAGGCUGGAAAAGCACGUGACCUAACUGCAAAACUUACCCCACAGCGAUUCAGGGAAGUCGGCAAUGGCCACGGCCAACCAACGAAACUGCGGGUGACCCCUGCGGGCGGCGUGCGGGCGGCGGCACUGGACGGCCCUACUACCGGCCUGGGUUACGGCGAUGGAGCUCAGGCUGGCGCAGCUGGGCAGGCUAACGAGUCAGAAAAGUUGGAUUUCGACUCCGCGUGGCUCUCUGCAGCCAGCCAGCGUCAGGUAUCCGAUCGACUCGUACCGACCAGAUUCAACCACCGGGUAACUGAAGUGUUGAUUUUCCUUUCUCCCUAUUCUGUACCACUAGAUCUUCACCAUGUCCUCGUCCCGCUACCCCACUACCACGACGCCCAGUCUGACAACCAGGCCCACGACCUCCUCGACGACCGCCGCGUCAAGGCCAUCAGGCCCCUCAUCCCGCCCCAGAUCCUCACCGAGGAGCUUCCCCUCACCCUCCGCGGCGCCCAGACCGUUCUCGACGGACGUCGCCAGGUCGAGGCAGUCGUCAAGGGCGACGAUGACCGUCUCCUCGUUGUUGUCGGACCCUGCUCCGUCCACGACCCCGAGCAGGCGCUCGUCUACGCCCGCCAGCUCGCCGACUACACCGAGAAGGCCAAGGACGACCUCCUCAUCGUCAUGCGUGUCUACUUCGAGAAGCCCCGCACGACCGUCGGCUGGAAGGGCCUCAUCAACGACCCGGACAUGAACGGCACCUACCAGAUCAACCGCGGUCUCAAGAUGGCCCGCAAGCUUCUCCUCGACGUUACCGAGCUCGGCCUCCCGACCGCCGGCGAGUUCCUUGGUGAGUACAUGAGACGACCGCUAGGCCGCCGAGCAUCUUGUGCCAUUGCUAUGUGCGCCCGGGUCUCUACCGAGAAGAAGCGUUGGCGCAGAUCAGAACGCAAGCAGGGAGGAAGGUUGAGAGGGAAGGCGCAUGGAAGGCGCAAUAGAAGGCGGGAAGGGCGCCGAUCACUGCGCAAGGGCCGACGGCCAGAACAAAGGAAGGCAAAGAAGGCUGACACGAUUGCAGAUGUCAUUUCUCCCCAGUUCCUGGCCGACCUGUCGUCGUGGGGCGCUAUCGGCGCGCGCACGACCGAGAGCCAGGUCCACCGUGAGCUCGCUUCUGCUCUCUCGAUGAGCGUCGGUUUCAAGAACGGAACUGACGGUUCGAUCGGCAUUGCGAUCGACGCGAUGGGCGCCGCGGCGGCCUCGCACACCUUCCUCUCGGUCACGAAGCAGGGCCUGACUGCCAUCGUCGAGACGGAGGGCAACAACAGCACGCACGUGAUCCUGCGCGGCUCGACGAAGGGCCCGAACUACUCGGAGAAGGACGUGCUCGAGGCCGGCGAGAAGCUGAAGAAGGCCGGGCUGAACCCGCGCAUCAUGGUCGACUGCUCCCACGGCAACUCGAACAAGCAGCACGCGCGCCAGAUCGAUGUCGGGCGCGACAUUGCCGCGCAGCUCGCUGGCGACGGCCCCACCGCCCAGAUGAUCAUGGGCGUCAUGAUUGAGAGCAACAUCAACGAGGGUAACCAGAAGAUUCCCCCCGAGGGACCCAAGGCGCUCAAGUACGGCGUCUCUAUCACGGACGCGUGCAUUAGCCUCGAGCAGACCCUGCCCCUCCUCGAUGAGCUCAGGGAGGGCGUCAGGCAGCGCAGGCGCAACGUCGCCGCUAAGCGCACCCCCGUCUAA